AUGGCAUCUGAAAGACAGUUGCUGGCCUCAAUUCUUACCGCUGCUCUGGCCGCUCUGCUACUAGCCGUCAAGAGACUCUAUUUUCAUCCUCUCUCACGCUACAAUGGUCCUCGACUCUGGGCUCUUACCCGCUUGCCCUAUAUGUUUGCUUGCCGAUCAGGCCAGCUUGCCCAUAAAAUCAAGCAUUUUCACGAAGUAUACGGCGAGACUGUACGCGUUGCUCCGAAUGAGGUGUCUUUUAUCAAUCCUGAUUCCGUGCGAGAUAUUUACAACAAGCGACCAAACCCUCAUCUCAAAGGCCUACCAAAGGAUCCAAUCCGCCAGCCUCCGCCCAAACCUGGACAGCCGAUUUCAAUCCUUGAGGCUGGAGAUGAAGACCACGCACGGAUUCGCAAAGCAUACUCAUAUUGCUUUAGCAACCAAGCUCUCGCAGCCCAAGAGCCUUUGGUGACCUCAUAUGUUGACAAGAUGGUGGCGCAUCUGAAAGCCCGUGCUGCGAAACGAGGAGAGACUGUAGACCUACAGCAAUGGAUCAGCUACUGCACUUUCGACAUUAUCUGCUCGCUUAGCUUUGGAGAGGAUUUUGGCUGCCUAGAAAAUGAUCGUUACCACGAAUGGGUGGGAAUGUUGGUUUUCUCAUUGAAGGCCAAGGUCCAGCUAGCGGCCUGUCGCUUCUAUCCCUGGCUUUUCCAGCUUCUUUUGAAAACGAUACCAAAAUCCGCACAGGAAAUGCUGGCAAAGCACCAAGCAACCACACGGGAGAAAGUGCAAACCCGCCUGAGUGUGUCCGUUGAGCGCCCAGACUUUCUUUCACACCUUCAAAAAUCGAAAAAGGGGCUCACUGACGGCGAAAUUGAGAUAAAUGCAGCAACCUUGAUUGUUGCCGGCAGCCACACUGUCCAGUCAACAAUCAUGGGGAUAGUCUUUCACUUGCUUCAAAACCCUGCGAUCCUUGCACGAGUCACGAAAGAAGUCCGUAGUGCUUUCCCGAGCGAAGAGGACAUGGACGCAAGAAAGUUAAUGGCGCUGCCUAUUCUCGGGGCAGCAAUCAAGGAGGGAAUGAGACUGACAUCUCCGCUGCCGUUAGGUGUCACAAGACUAGUACCACCAGGAGGAGUGACCAUCUGUGGCGCAUUUUUCCCAGAGGGCACUAUUGUCUCAUACAUGCCAUGGGCUGCCCAUUUAUCGCCAACACAUUUUACGGAUCCCACCCGUUUUGUAUUGGAGCGGUGGCUUGACCCAGAUAAUGCUCCUGAAGCGGCCCGCUUUCGCAACGACCGGAGAGACGCGUUUCGGCCGUUCUUACAAGGCCCCCGAGACUGCAUUGGAAAGAAUUUGGCAAAAAUGGAGAUUGUGCUUAUACUGGGCCGCCUCUUCUACCACUUUGACCUGUCUUUUCCCGAGGGAAUUGAGUCAAUUGGCAAGUGGGAAGACAAGGAGACGUACGUGGUCUGGGCCAAGUCUCCACUCCCAGUCCUCUUGACGCCGGUGCAGUGA